AUGGGACGUUCGAGUCUUUCCAUCAGGCGACUGACGGCUCACCGAUUUGAGCAGCUGCACGACAUGCCGGACCAUAGCAGCGGCAAUGGGAUGCUGAAUCCUAACGAUGUGACCAUUGAUAUCCCUCUGACCGAGACGACUUCUCGUGGUCAAACGGGCGCCCGUAAAUGGAACACCAAUACCAGUGCCCAGGACUUCCACUCCCAGACCACGGAGAAGGCACCUAUUGUUGGCGUUCACCGUGGUCCUGGUGGUAGGCGUCGCAUGGAUACAGAAAUCAAUGAAAUAACCGGAAAGCCUGCUGAGUCGCCCGAAGACGGCACUAUCAACCGUAUGGGCCGUUUCUACCAAGCUGUCCUGAAUUACUCCCUCGUCACUCGUUACCUGAUUUAUGUCCUUCCAAUUGCGAUUCUGAUCGCCAUUCCCAUUAUUGUGGGCGCUACGGCGGCAACGUACGCCAAAAUUGGCGGUGUUCAUAUCUACUGGUUCUUCACGUGGAUUGAGAUCGUCUGGUUCAGUCUGUGGGUGUCCAAGCUCUUCGCCCGUUACGUUCCUUAUGUCUUCCAGUUCUUGUGCGGUAUCGUCAGCUCCGGUACACGCAAGUAUGCGCUUAUUCUGCGCGCCCUCGAGACCCCUAUUGCGCUUGUGCUGUGGGCUGUUAUUUCCCUCGUGACCUUCUUGCCGGUUAUGACAUUGACUCCCGGUAAGAAGGCUUCCGGCGACACGGCUCCCAAGUCGUGGGAGAAGAGUAUCAAGAAUAUCUUGUUUGCGCUGCUCGUGUGCAGCCUCAUCUUCUUGGCUGAGAAAGCUCUUGUGCAGCUCAUCUCGAUCAGUUACCACCGUAAGCAGUUCGAUGCCAAGAUCCAGGUCUCCAAGCGCAAUGUGUACUUGGUCAAUCUGCUCUUCGAGGCUUCGCGCAAUAUGUUCCCCGUGUACUGCCCUGAAUUCCAAGAUGAGGACUCACUCCUUUUCGAUUCCAUCCUGGUUCAGGCUUGCAAUAAUGGUGGCAAGCGGUCCUCCGCUAUGCCUCUCCGCAUGCUCCGUAAUGUCGGCAAGAACGUUGGCCGUGUUGGCGACAAGGUUACCGCUGCUUUUGGGCAUGUGGCGUCGGAGCUGACUGGUAAGCAAGUCUUUAACCCGACUGCGACACAUACCAUGGUUAUCGAAGCCCUUGAGCGCAAGCGCCAUGCUGCUGCGCUGGCCCGCCGUAUCUGGAUGUCGUUUGUGGUCGAGGGCCGUGAAGCUUUGUACCUAGAGGACAUUGUUGAGGUCCUGGGUGUUGAACACGAGGCUGAGGCCGAGGAGUGCUUUUUGGCUCUUGACAGGGACGGCAACGGUGAUAUCAGUCUUGACGAGAUGGUCAUGACCAUCACCGAGUUUGGACGCAUGAGAAAGGCCCUGAACCACAGUAUGUACGACGUCGACCAGGCUAUCCGUGUGCUGGACAACCUGCUUCUGUGUGUCGCUGGUCUGGUUGGUGUUCUUGUCUUCAUUUCUUUCGUCACCACUGGAUUCGGUACCGUCAUUGCGGCUGGUGCCACUUCGCUGCUCUCUCUCAGUUUCGUGUUUUCCGUUACCGCUCAAGAAGUACUCGGUUCCUGCAUCUUCCUUUUCGUUAAGCAUCCCUUCGAUAUCGGUGACCGUGUCGAGGUCAGCGACAAGCCUUUCAUCGUUGAGCGUAUCUCACUUCUUUUCACUGUCUUCCGCAAUGUUACCGAUGCCCGCAUCACGCAGGUGCCUAACAAUAUUCUGAACAGUCUCUGGGUUGACAACUUCACUCGUGCCAAGGCUAUGCACGAACAGCUUGUCAUUCCCGUUGCCUUCGACACCACCUUCGCUGAGGUUCAAUUGCUGCGCACUGAAAUGGAGCACUUCGUUCGCGACAAGGAUAACUGCCGUGACUUCCAGCCGGAUAUUGACAUCGAACUUGACGGCGUUGGUGAUAUGGACAAGCUCCAGCUGCGGGUUGACAUCCGUCACAAGUCUAACUGGUCUAACGAGACUAUCCGCGCUGCCCGGCGAUCCAAGUUCCUGUGUGCGUUGGUCCUGGCCGUCCGCAAGAUCCAGGUUCGCGCUCCAGGUGUUGCACCUCCGGCAGCAGAGGAUGCCGACGCUGCAGAUGGCGAUGACAAGGGUGAUGAUGCCGGCGCCGGUGCAGACGUAGGUCACCGCAAGUCUACCCAGCCCGGCGCGGCCGAUUCCUCUAAGCCCGAUCCCGGUGUCGCCGCUGCCACUGCCACUGCCGCCGGAGGUAUCCUCGACCACGAGAAUACAGCCCAGUCGACAGGCUACGACCAGGAUCGAGCAGGAACAGUCACCCAUCGCGGCUCCACCCAAACCAACGCCACACAAACCAACGCCGAGCGCGAAGCCGCCAUCGUCGAACUGCUCAACGCGCGCUCCCCAACUGUCGACAUCGGCCGCGAUCACUACAACGGUCACGAGUCAGCCCUCCACCGCACAGCCAGCAACGCCUCCCACCAAACCCAUCUAAACGUUCCCCACGGAAGCGAAGGCAUCAACCGCGGCCUGUCAACCGGCCACCGCAAGGCCGGCGAUCGCGCCUCCUUCCAGGAGCAGGAUACACAUCCCGCGCUCAGGAACCCCCAAGCCCCUCUCUCCCCAGUGCCCGCCGGCAUGACCCCAUCCUCAAGCCAAGUCCCCAUCCUUGAGACCCCCAAGCCCGGCUCCCGUGGCAGCGCCCGCUACGAGCCGCGUCCCCACGCAAGCCAGGACGAAAAGAGCACCAUCCAGAUGCUGGGCUCCCCCGACCCCAACCGCUUCGACGGCUACUACUCCCACGACACGGGGUACAAUCAAAUUCCGCUCGGCGGGUACAGCGCUGAGAACACACCGGGACGCGAUCGUCGCGACUCCAACCCGAAUAUCUCCAGCGUGACGGCCUCCAGCAAUUAUCAACUCUCUGACCGAUAUGACCCCGCCUCGUCGCCGUCCAUCUACUCCCCGCCUCAGCCUCAGCCGACGGUGCCACAGCAGGCUGUGACCUACAAUACUGCUCCGCUGAGGAAGAAGGAGAAGUCUCCUUAUGGGGAGCAUGAGGCUUGA